AUGUUGUGCCAUGUGCCCCAGAAAAUCCCGUUCCGGACUCCUUUAUACGUCCCGACCCAUGCAGGCGUCGAACCACCAGCCGGAGCUGUAGUAGGCCCCGCAGUUCCCGGACGGAUAGCGGUCGUGGUCUCGGUCCGGGGUGGUGAACGCCCUGUUGUUGUGGUCGUAGGUUUUGCUGAAGCGCAGAGCGUCUCCCGCGGUGCCGGAGUACCCGCCGACCGUCAGCCUGUAGCGCAGCCGCUCGCCGGCCACUCGGAACUGGUCGUACUGCGCAUGCUCCGCCACCCCGUUGAAGUCCUCCAGCUCCACGCGCAGCACCAUGUCGCGGUCGCGGGUCAGCCAAAUUCUCCGCCGUCCAGGUUUCCGAAGCCGGACUGGUACUCCGCCCAGGUGCGGUCGAAGCUCACGCUGCCGUCCUGGCGGCGCUGCAGGAGGGUCCAUCCUCCACCGUCCCGCUCCAUGUCACAGACCACCGGGAAGCUCCUGCUGCGGAGGUCAGGGGUCACCAGGGUAGAGCAAACAUCUGACCAUCAGUCAGGCUUCGCUGCCCGGGACUCACGACACAGCACUUCAUCUCCGUCCAGUUUGGGCAGAGCAGCGAGUUCCAUCCCCUCCGGUCUGUUAUGUGCAUAAGUCUCCCGUUUCCAUCUGAGCUGGAGGGAACCCAAAUUCUGAAGUGCAGCACCAGCUUCUUGUAAUGCCACACUCUCCGUCUGGCUGGCGGGCUCAAGGUAA